CUCGCUCUCGCUCUCUCUGUGCAACUGUGAACAAUGCAGGCGAUUUCAAGGCGAUUAGGGCACCGAUUUAUCUCUCCUGCAGCUUGUACUGCGUCUCUCAAAUCAACUUACCCGCUCUAUUAUGGAGCUGAUCAUCCACGGUAUGGAUCUAGUCUCGCUCCCAAAGGUGUGGGCCACCUCGUUCGCAAGGGUACUGGUGGAAGAUCUUCGGUUAGUGGCAUUGUUGCUACUGUGUUUGGAGCUACCGGGUUCCUUGGUCGUUACCUUGUGCAGCAACUUGCUAAAAUGGGAUCUCAAGUGUUAGUUCCUUUCCGAGGCUCUGAGGAUUGUCAUCGCCAUCUCAAACUGAUGGGUGAUUUGGGUCAGAUAGUGCCAAUGAAGUAUGACCCAAGAGAUGAAAAUUCAAUUAAGGCUGUUAUGGCAAAGGCAAAUGUGGUUAUUAAUCUUAUUGGAAGAGAAUAUGAGACAAGAAACUACAGCUUUGAGGAAGUGAACCAUGUCAUGGCUGAACAACUUGCAACAAUUGCCAAAGAACAUGGAGGUAUCAUGAGAUUUAUUCAAGUUUCAUGCUUAGGAGCAUCUCCUUCAUCUCCAUCAAGAAUGCUAAGAGCCAAAGCUGCUGCAGAAGAAGCUAUAUUAAGAGAAAUACCUGAGGCCACAGUCAUGAAACCUGCUGUUAUGAUUGGUACUGAGGAUCGAAUUCUUAAUCGGUGGGCUCAUUUUGCCAAAAAAUAUUCCUUUAUUCCACUAAUUGGAGAUGGAUCUACCAAAAUCCAACCUGUGUAUGUUGUUGAUGUAGCUGCUGCAAUUGUUGCAGCCCUGAAAGAUGAUGGAACUAGCAUGGGAAAAGCUUAUGAGCUUGGUGGACCCGAAAUCUUUACUGUGCAUGAAUUGGCAGAGCUUAUGUUUGAUACGAUUCGUGAAUGGCCUCGCUAUGUCAAAGUUCCCAUCCCUAUUGCAAAGCUGCUUGCAACACCGCGAGAAGUAUUACUGGACAAAGUUCCAUUCCCAUUACCAACUCCCAACAUGUUCAAUUUGGAUGAGAUCGAUGCUCUUACUAUGGAUACAGUGGUGUCAGACAAUGCUUUCACAUUUAAUGAUCUUGGGAUUAUGCCACAUAAGUUGAAGGGGUACCCUGUUGAGUUUCUUAUCUCAUACCGCAAGGGUGGGCCACAAUUUGGUUCUACAGUCAGUGAAAGGGUAUCCCCAGAUUCUUUUCCUUAAGUUCUUUGGAUCUUUCAUUUGCAAAUGUUUCUCGUCCGCUGCCUGUUUGGAGAAUUUGGAAUCCAUAGGUGAUACCCUUCAUUUUAUUGAGAGAAUGAAAAGACCUACAAUGCAAGAAUCUUGUUUCUCCUUCUCACGAUGGAAAAUGUUUUCUUCUCAAUAACCUUUCUUGAUGAUUGGGAAAUCUGUUGUAGAGUUUUUGGUUUAAUAAUAAAUUCCAAGCCUUGGCGUCAUAGGUUUUCAAGGCAUAACCGUUUUCCAGGGGAACUCUAUUGAAAAUAAUAAUAAUGUCAAUAAUCCUUCAA